CAUUGAGCAAAAUCUGUCGUUUUCCUCUGAGAGAGAAAGAGAGAGAGAGAGAGGUCUCUCAUACAUACAUACAAUGGCGAACCAAUUUCUUCAUCAUCUUCUUCUUCGUUUCCUUCCAAUGCCUCUUCUUCACUACCGUUGCUUCUUCUCCGGAAACGGUGCCGUUCUGUAGUUUCUUUCAGGAAAUGCAGAAACUGUCUCCUCCUCUCUCAACUUCUUCUUCUUCGUACAUCUUUUAAAUCUGCCGAUUGAAUCUCCCAACGACACCGUUUUAGAUUCUAUAGGAGAGAUUAAGACAAAAAGGAGGUGAUUCUCAGAGUUUGUCAAUGGAGAAUUACGAGGUUCUUGAGCAAAUUGGAAAAGGUUCCUUUGGGUCAGCUCUUCUUGUCAGACAUAAAAAUGAGAAGAAACUGUAUGUUUUGAAGAAAAUCCGGCUUGCCCGCCAGACUGGUAGGACAAGAAGAUCUGCUCAUCAAGAGAUGGAGUUGAUUUCAAAGAUACAUAACCCAUUCAUUGUGGAAUAUAAAGAUUCUUGGGUUGAAAAGGGGUGCUACGUGUGCAUUAUUAUAGGAUAUUGCAAAGGAGGAGACAUGGCGGACGCGAUAAAGAAAACCAACGGCGUACACUUCUCCGAAGAGAAACUCUGCAAAUGGCUUGUUCAGCUCUUAUUGGCUCUUGAAUACUUGCAUGCCAAUCACAUUCUUCAUCGCGAUGUUAAGUGUUCAAACAUAUUCUUGACAAAGGAUCAAGACAUACGCCUUGGCGAUUUCGGACUUGCCAAGGUCUUAACAUCAGAUGACCUCGCGUCUUCAGUGGUUGGAACACCAAGCUACAUGUGCCCCGAGCUUCUAGCUGAUAUACCCUAUGGGUCCAAGUCUGAUAUUUGGUCGCUUGGAUGUUGUAUGUAUGAGAUGACGGCUAUGAAACCUGCAUUCAAAGCUUUUGACAUGCAAGGACUAAUAAACAGGAUUAACAGAUCAAUCGUUCCUCCACUUCCGGCGCAAUAUUCUGCUGCCUUCCGAGGUCUGGUUAAGAGUAUGCUCCGGAAAAAUCCAGAACUCCGACCAAGCGCUGCUGAGCUUCUCAGACAACCACUGCUUCAGCCGUAUAUCCAGAAGAUUAAUUUGAAGGUGAAUGAUCCAGCAAGUAAUGUAUUGCCUGCGCAAUGGCCAGAAUCUGAAUCCACCAGGAGAAACAGUUUUCCCGAGCAGAGAAGGCGCCCUGCUGGCAAAAGCCAUAGCUUUGGUCCAAGCAGGUUUAGGGGUAACCAGGAAGAUUCUAUGUCGUCCAUAAAAAAACCUGUACCCGCAUAUCUGAACCGUGCAAAGCAACUGGAAUUGUCUACAGAUGAAAGUGGUGAAGGGACGGGUGUUCAUAGAACUUCAGAGGCUUCUAAGAGUUCUAGGUAUGUUCCAGUGAGAGCUUCAGCCUCACCUGUGAGACCGAGACAGUCUAGGACUGACCGUGGUCAACUUCCUGUUUCAUCACAGCGUACAAACCGAAAACCAGCCGCUUUGAUUCGCAGAGCCUCCAUGCCUAACUCAAGAAAACCUGCAAAAGAAAUCAAAGACUCUCUGUACAUUUCGAAAACCAGUUUUCUCCACCAGAUUAAUUCUCCUGACGUGUCAAUGAAUGCACCAAGAAUUGACAAGAUUGAGUUUCCACUAGCGUCAUAUGAGGAAGAGCCUUUUGUUCCGGUUGUGCGUGGGAAGAAGAAGAAAGCAUCGUCUAAAGGUUCCUACAGUCCACCUCCAGAGCCACCACUAGACUGCUCAAUCACAAAAGACAAAUUUACACUUGAACCAGGCCAAAACAGAGAAGGAGCGAUUAUGAAGGCAGUGUAUGAAGAUGCAUAUCUGGAAAACAGGAGUGAAUCAUCUGAUCAGAAUGCAACUGCUGGAGCAUCAAGCAGGGGUUCGUCAGGUGUAAGGAGACAACGAUUUGAUCCUAGUUCUUAUCAGCAACGGGCUGAGGCAUUGGAGGGAUUGCUUGAAUUCAGUGCAAGGUUGCUUCAAGAUGAGAGGUACGAUGAGCUCAAUGUCUUGUUGAGGCCCUUUGGUCCAGGCAAAGUCUCACCCAGAGAAACAGCAAUUUGGUUGUCCAAGAGCUUCAAGGAAUCUACUACUAAUAAGCUGGAAGAUUGAGAAACGGGUGAUUUCUAAUUCUAACCUGUUGUGAUGUGAAAAUUUUCCACUUUUAACAGUUUUUCCAACCAGAUGUCAAGAAAAUUGUUUCAAAGUUAACUACUUAGGCUGUGUUCUUAAAUGAGUAGCUGACCCUCUGUAUCUGAUACAUUGAAAUUCAAGAAAAGACUUGGC